AGAUGGGAGGGGCAGCUCGGGGGAAACUGAGGCAGAGGCUGUGUCCUGCUUUGAGCCUCGUGCCCAGCGCCUCCCCUUGGCCCCAGCCUCAGACAGGGGUGGGGUCAGGGUGGUCCAAGGCAGGGAGGAGUGGGUGGGGUCUGUGGCAGGAACCGGAAGUGCCCCUGCUGCAGCUGAAACCUGGGCUCACUUCUCACUCAACGCGGCCUGAGCUGGAGGUGGACUCCCGCGCAGAGGCCAACAGACCGAUGGCUCUGCCCUGCGCCCUUGGGCUUGGGACGCUGCUGGCCCUGCCGGGAGCCAUGGGCUCAGGGGGCAGCGAAGACGGCCUGGGCUCCGGCUCCAACUCUGUCACCGUGGUCCUGCUGCUGCUGCUGCUGCUGCUGCUGGUCACCGGCCUGGCCCUGGCCUGGCGCCGCCUCAGCCGCGACUCCGGGGGCUACUACCACCCGUACCGCCUGGGCGCUGCGCUGUGGGGCCGUACCCGCCGCCUGCUCCAGGCCAGCCCCCCGGGCCGCUGGCUUCAGGCCCGGGCUGAGACGGGGUCACGGGACACCGACCCACAGCAGCCGGAGAACCAGCGGGACGCCGAGGACGCCAUCAACGGUGGCCUGGAGGGGGCUGAGCCCUGGGAAGCUGGGCCGCGGCGCGGAACGGGGUCCCGCCCAGAGCAGCCCCCAGAGCUGGCGGAGGAAGCCCACGACAGUGACACCGAGGGGGGCUUGGCCCUCGGCUCCCAGGGGCCGGCGUGCGCGGGGGGCAGCGCGGAGGCUCUGCUGAGUGACCUGCACGCCUUCUCGGGCAGCGCGGCCUGGGACGACAGCGCUGGCGCGGCCGGGGGCCAGGGCCUCCACGUCACGGCGCUGUAGGGGCCAGCCUCGGUGUCCCACCCGACACAGCCCCUCUCCUGUGCUCUGCUCCCCAAGCCGCCCCCACUGCCACCUCCCCAAGGCGCCAGGCAACCUCGAAAUAAACC